AUAUAUAUUUUACAUUUAUUCAGCAACUGGGAGUCAACGGCCAGUGUACAAUCUGUUCUAGAUGUGCUGCAGUUUACCUGUUAUUUCGACACUGCACCGACUCUUAAGGAAAUAAAUAUACUGUACAUUACUGGAAUCAAGUACAAGGUCACGUACGCCUCUGUGCGGAGAAACGAAACUGAAACUGCUUGAUAGUCGCGGUGCAAAAAGUGUUUAUUUUUGCAUCUCUCAUUCACUCCUCUGGAGAAUAACCAUCUCAUUCAAAGCACAUACGAUACAGAGAAUAACCAGACUACACAAACAGAGAUGGCAGACAACACUGACAUUGAUGAAAGUCUUUACUCUCGGCAACUGUACGUGCUGGGCCAUGAAGCGAUGCGCCGCAUGAAAGAGGCAGAUGUGCUUGUCUCUGGAAUGAGGGGAUUGGGAGUUGAGAUCGCCAAAAACAUCAUCCUGGCGGGAGUGAAAUCAGUCACUGUCCACGACGAAGGCCAGACCCAGUGGGGAGACCUUUCCUCCCAGUUCUUCCUGCGGGAGGGCGACGUGGGACAGAACCGGGCUGAGAGCUGUGAAUCCCAGCUAGCCGAGCUCAACGUCUAUGUCCCAGUGACCUCUUACACUGGGUCUCUCAGCGAGGAUAUCCUGUCAGCAUUCCAGGUGGUGGUCCUGACGAAUACCUCUCUAGAGGAGCAGCUUCGGAUUGGAAGUUUUUGUCACUCCAGGGAUAUUAAAUUCAUUGUGGCGGACACCAAAGGCUUGUGUGGCCAGCUUUUCUGUGACUUUGGAGACAAGUUUCAGGUGACUGAUCCAGAUGGGGAGCAGCCACUUUCAGCUAUGGUAGUUCACAUCUCCAAGGGCAAUCCUGGUGUGGUGACCUGUUCGGAUGAGGAGAGACAUGGUUUACAGGAUGGAGAUCACGUCACCUUUUCUGAAAUCCACGGCAUGACGGAACUCAAUAAACACGAACCCAUUGAGAUCAGGUUCCUUGAUGCCUACACGUUCAGUAUAUGUGACACCUCAGGAUUUUCAGAGUAUAAGAAGGGAGGGAUCGUCACAGAGGUCAAAAUGCCAAAGACACUCACCUUUAAACCCCUGAAAGACUCCUUAAAUUACCCUGAGAUGAAUGUGACAGAUUUCAGUAAGAUUGAACGUCACUGCACUUUCCACAUCGCGUUCCAGGCUCUACAUCGCUUCGUUAAGGAGACCGGACGAUUGCCUAAACCCAGAGGACAGGCUGAUGCAGAGAAGCUGGUUGCCAUGGCGAGGACCCUGAACCAGGAAGCCCCAUCCACCUUGCAACGAGAACAGUUAGACGAGAGCGCAGUGCGCAAACUGGCGCUGGGCGCGGCCGGAGACCUGAGUCCCAUCAAUGCCUUUAUUGGAGGAGUGGCAGCCCAGGAGGUCAUGAAGGCCUGCAGUGGGAAGUUCACCCCCUUGAAGCAGUGGCUGUACUUUGACGCUCUGGAGUGCCUUCCUGAGGAGAAUGAAGAGCUGGCUCUGACAGAGGAGACCUGCGCACCAAGAGGUUGUCGCUAUGAUGGACAGAUCGCAGUGUUUGGCUCUGCUUUUCAAGAGAAGCUGGCUGGGCUGAAGUACUUCAUGGUGGGGGCUGGUGCCAUUGGCUGCGAGCUACUGAAGAACUUUGCAAUGAUUGGUCUGGCAGCCGGAGAGGGCGGGAAUAUCACUGUGACAGACAUGGACUCCAUUGAGAAGUCUAAUCUGAACCGUCAGUUCUUGUUUCGUCAAGGAGACGUUACGAAGUUGAAAUCGGAGACUGCCGCCCUGGCCAUCAGAAAGAUGAACCCGUCGCUCCACAUAUCAGCUCAUCAGAACAGGGUCGGCCCGGAGACGGAGCACAUCUACGGACACGAGUUCUUCUCCGGGCUGGACGGUGUGGUCACUGCACUGGACAACGUGGAAGCCAGAAUGUACGUUGACAGGUGCUGUGUUCGCUACCAGAAGCCCCUCCUGGACUCAGGCACUCAGGGCACCAAGGGGCACACACAGGUCAUUGUGCCCUUCUUGACUGAGUCUUACGGACAGGACCAGGGAGGAACACAGAACGCCUUCCCCAUGUGCACACUCAAGAACUUCCCACACUCCAUCCUGCACACCCUGCAGUGGGCCAGAGAUGAGUUUGAAGGGCUUUUCAAACAGACGUCUGAACGUGUGAACCAGUAUCUGCAGGACCCCCAGUUUGUGGAGCGGACGCUGAAGCAGGGCGGGGCAGAGACCCUGGAUAUCCUGCAGGGAGUGUACGACAGCCUGGGCACACGGCGGCCGCGAGACUGGGCAGACUGUGUGAGCUGGGCCCGGUGCCACUGGGAGAGCUGCUACAGAAACAACAUUCAGCAACUGCUGCACUGCUUCCCAUCUGACAAGGUGACGAGCUCAGGUCUGCCCUUCUGGUCAGGACCCAAACGAUGUCCUCAUCCCCUGAUCUUCAACCCCAAUAAUACCACCCAUAUGGACUACAUUGUAGCGUCGGCUAACCUGUACGCCCAGACCUAUGGUAUCAAGGGGACCCGAGACCGAGGGGAAAUCGCCAGGACACUCCAAACGGUCAGCGUGCCGGACUUCACCCCUCAGUCCAGCAUGCGGAUCCACACCACGGACGAGGAGAUGCAGGAUGACAAGCAGGGAGUGGACAACAGCAAGCUAGAAGAGCUGGAGGUCAAACUGGCUUCUCCACAGAGCUUUGGCAUGUCCAGUAUGAACCCACUAGAGUUUGAAAAGGAUGAUGACACUAAUUUCCAUAUAGAUUUCAUUGUUGCUGCCUCUAACCUACGAGCUGAGAACUAUGACAUCCCCCCUGCUGACUGGCACAAGAGUAAGCAGAUCGCUGGGAAGAUCAUCCCGGCCAUUGCUACCACGACGGCUGCUGUAGUCGGCUUGGUGUGUCUAGAGCUCUACAAGGUCAUCCAGGGUCACAAGAAGAUGAGCUCUUACCGGAGCAGCUACAUUAACCUGGCCGUGCCAUCCUGUAACCUGUGGGAGCCCACACCAGCAAGGACGCACAAGGUCUCAGAGCUGGAAUAUACUCUUUGGCAUCACUUCCCCAUCCAGGGCUUCAAGCCUGAUGGAGAGGAGAUGACCGUGACUGACCUCCUGGACCACUUCAAGAUCACACACAGCCUGGGGAUAAUCCAACUGUUUUAUGGAGAGUCGUGGCUGUACAACUCCAGUGCACCUGAGGAGAAACGCACUAAGAGGCUGAAACAAAGGGUGUCUGAAGCCGUUCAAGAGGUCACUAAUAUGGAGAUCCCCAGUCACGUGCGAGUGCUGGAACUGACACCAGUCUUCGCAGAAGAGAAUGACAGUGAGGAAAACCUACCAGUCCCGUUUAUCCAAUAUAACCUCCAGUGAUAACCUCUUGGAUACAGCAAGAAAAACAUUAGGAAUAACACAUUAGAAACUAAAAUACUGUCCACAUGUAGCAGGACAGGGAGGGCCUGCAAUAUAAAAAUGUUUUGUUUUAUGGCAGGGACAGAGUUAAAGUCUCCCUGCCAAGGUAAUUGCUUUUGUUUAAUUUAAUUAUUUUAUUGUUUUGUUUAAUUAUCACCUGCACCUGGCAAUUAUUGAAAAUUAGAGCCAGGUGCAGGAUAUAACAGGGAAGCAGUCAGUCUGCUCUAGGCUGCUGCUGUUGAGUGAAGAGCCCGACGGAAAGUCGUAAAGGUCUAAAGGGGCAUGAACCCAGCUUGGUCAUUAUAUAUAUAUAUAUAUAUAUAUAUAUAUAUAUAAUUUGUCAUAGUCAAAUUGUCCUUAUUACUGAUAAUAAAAAUAAACUUUCAGGAAUUAUUGUAAGGGCCCUCGGUUCAUAGAACACGUUUUUAUACAUGUAUCUCAAAGCAGAAUACAUGAUAAUAAUAAUAAAAAAAAUACUUAGCAUUUAAAAAAUAAAAUAAAAAAGUUGAAUAUCAUGUUAAAAAAAUGAAUAAAUAAAUAAACCUGAAAAGUUUAUAUGGUUUCUAUAGUACUUUAUAAUGUUCCCUAGAGUGUUUUGAAAAAAGGAUAGCAAUUCCAAGAUGCUACUGUAUUUUGCAAUUUCUAGGUGAUGCAAAACUUUUGACCAUAGCUGUAGUUUAAAAAAAAUGUAUAUCUCAAACAAUGAAUUGGCUGUGUCACAUUUCUAAUUCCUGACUCUUAUUAAUCAUGUUUCACUGUGUACGGCUUGCACUGCUGCUGUAACAUGCCUGCUGCUACUUGCAGGCUGCCUCGGUAAACGAGAUGUCUGUAUCACAGGGGAUCAACAAGUUUACAAUGUUUUAAUGCGUAAUAAACACUGAACUAUACACACCAAGUAAAGACCAA